AUGAUGAAUGGACUGCAGAAUAUCAUCGGUGGGCUGAUAGCAUAUGGCUUCUCGUUCGUCCGCGAUGACUCCCCGCUGAAGUCCUGGCAGGCCCUGUUUAUGACCUACGGGAUUUUGACUGUCAUCUGGGGCGUGUUCGUGGGAAUGUGGAUGCCCGACUCGCCGAUGAGGGCGAAGUGCUGGACAGAGGAUGACAAGCGACUGAUGAUCGAGCGAGUGCGCCAGAACCAGACUGGGCUGCAGAAUCGAGUCUUUCGGCUCGACCAAGUCCGUGACGCGUUUACUGAUCCUCAGCUGUACGCCUUCGCCAUCAUCCAGAUCUGUACUACUAUUCCAGCCGGUGGAAUUGGAGCGUACGCCAACAUCAUCAUCAAGUCCUUCGGCUACAGCACGCGAGAGACCCAGCUGCUCACCAUGGUCAACGGCGCCGUAACCACCAUAGCCCUGCUCAUCUCCGCAUACCUGGACCGCAAGUACCAGCAAACCAUUUACAUCAUGCUCGCAUCCCUGGUCCCCUCGGUUAUCUGCACAUCAGUCCUCAUCGGCGUCCCCUUCAGCCCAGCCCGUCGCGUCGGCCUGCUCAUUGCAUACUGGUCCUUCUACUCCUUCUUCACACUUACCUCGCUAUCCCUCGCUCUGCUCUCCCGCAACGUCGCUGGCCAGACCAAGAAAUCCAUCAUCAUCGCCUCCAACUUCGUCUGCUGGGCAGCAGGAAACUCCAUCGGCCCGCAGGUGUUCCGUGAUAAGGACGCGCCCCGGUACUACCUCGCAUUUUCCAUCCUCCUAGGCUGUUUCGGGAUCAUUGUUGUUGUGCUCCUUGCGCUGAGACUGUGGUAUGCGGCGCACAACCGCAAGCGCGACAACAGAAUUAGGGCUGGCGAGGUUGUGCCUGAUGUCAACUACACCCACGCGUUUGAGGACAUCACGGACCGCGAGAACCCGCAUUUCCGGUAUAUCUACUAG